AUGGCUGAAGCAAGGUGCUGCUUCAAACUCCUCUAUGCAAUUGUGGUGGUGCUUUUACUACACAUGAGCAGCCCUUGCAUUGGAUGUAGCGAGAGGGACAGGCAAGCACUCCUUGCACUCAAACAAGGCCUCGUGGGUGACGACGGCGAUCGCCUCCUUUCAUGGGGAAGAGAAGCCCAAAACAAAAAUUGUUGCCAAUGGGAAGGAGUCUACUGUAGCAGCAACCAAACUGGCCAUGUUGUUAAGCUUGAUCUUGGAGACCAAUCUUUGCAAGGUAAGAUUAGUCCUGAACUCAUUCACUUCCAGCAUUUGGAGUAUUUGAACCUGAGUUACAAUAAUUUCGGUUGGGGCAAAAUUCCAGAUUUCAUUGGAUCUCUGAGCAAUUUAAUAUACCUCGAUCUUUCUUAUGCAAAUUUUGGAGGUCAAAUUCCAAACCAACUUGGAAACCUUACACACUUGCAAUAUCUCGAUCUCAGCUCUCUUUCAUCUUCUGAAAUGAGCCCACUCCCUGUGAACUCUAUUCAUGCAAAAAACCUCAAUUGGCUCCCUAAUCUUUCAGGUCUGAAACACUUGGACCUAAGUUACACUAAUCUCAGUGAUGUUGUUGGUUGGCUGGAAGCAGUCAAUAUGCUUCCUAAACUAACAAACUUGAUAUUAGAUGGGUGUAAUCUUCCUCCUCCAAUUAUAUCCUCUGUUUCUCUCAUGAAUUCUUCUUACUCUCUUGUUCAUGUUGAUCUGGGCGACAACAAUCUCAACUCUUCAAUCUUACAAUGGUUGUCCGGUACUCAUACCAACCUUGUUUAUCUUGAUCUCUCUUGGAACAAUUUCAGAGGUUCCUCAAUUCCUGCAUCUUUUGGAAACAUGAGCUCUCUUGCACAUCUUUUCUCGGUGGUAGCCAACUUGAAGGAGGGAUCCCGAAUUCCUUUGCCAAGUUAUGUAGGCUGCGAGAGUUGGACCUUGAAGACAUUGGAGCUUUUGGAUCUCUCUGACAAUAACAUUGUAGGUUCAUUGCCUGAUCUUACGAACUUCUUGUCAUUGAAACACUUGCUAAUCCAGACCAAUAACUUAAGUGGAAGAAUACCUGAAAGUAUUGGACAGAUGUCCAAGCUGGAGACUAUUCGUUUUGGUUGGAAUUCUUUGGAAGGAGUGAUUUCAGAAACUCAUUUUUCAAAACUCUCCAAAUUACGGAAUUUGGGUUUAUCAUCUAAUGCACUACUUUUAAACUUCAGUUUUGAUUGGAUUCCACCCUUCCAAUUGCAAUGCAUACAAUUGAAGUCUUGUAAGAUGUGGUCGUCGUCUUUCCCAAAAUGGCUUCAAACUCAAAAAAAUUAUACAUGGCUUGAUAUUUCUGAUGCUGGAAUUUCUGAUACCAUUCCAAGUUGGUUUUGGGAUUUGUCACAAAAAUUAGCGGUUAUGGAGAUCUCUCACAAUCAAAUGAGAGGAACAGUUGGAAAUAUUAUAUCGGAGGAGUUUGCACCACGCCUAAAUUUGAGUUGGAACCAAUUGGAGGGUCCAAUCCCUUCAAUUCUAUCAAAAGCUUCAAUUCUAGAUCUCUCCCAUAAUAACUUUUCAGGGGCCAGCUUCUUUUUUGUGUGCAAGCAAGGAUAG